CCAUCAUUUUUGUGAGCAAUACAACUAUAGAGUUUCUCCCAUCUUCUUGUGUCUUGUUCUUGUGAGUUGAGUGAGUUUGAGAGCUUGUGAGAAGGCUGCCUAGUAUCUCUAACGGAAUUGAGAGCUAGGGCCGCACGACCAAGAGUAAGGCCGUGACAGUUGGUAUCAGAGCCUGGUUCUGAAAGAAGAACCGGUGUCCUCACUCCUCAAGAAGGAAGAUAAGAAAGAGCGAGAGCCUCACCAAAGAUGACUGGAUCAGAAGUCCAUGACGAUGCGGAGAAGCACCGUGGACGGGAUACCGUGAAGAAUCCCAAGGCAAAUGGUGACAAGUCAAGCACUCGUGAUCCUAUGACGUCUCUAGAGAGGCGUGUCUCUAGAGUGGAGGUGAAGUUGGCGGAAGAUAUCACCGCCAUCGAGGAUUUGGGAGCUAACUUCGCCCAAGUCGAAAGCGAUUGUCAAGGUAUGAAUGCUCGUUUGUCGAGCUUGGAGAUUGGUCAUGAUGGCAUACGAGAAGAGCUUGUGGCCCUCAUCAACAACACCAUCAACACAUCCUUGAACAACGCCAUUGAGGUUGUCAAAGAGCAUGUCCAGGCUGAGCUGGUCGACGUGAAGGAGGAGAUUGCAGACCUCAAGAGUGAGGUCACUCUCGUGAAGAGAGCCAUGGCUAAUGGACCUGCCAUUGCACAACCUACCUCAACCAUGGAGGUUCCUAGACCAAAGAGCUUUCAAGGGUCGAGGAAUGCAAGGGAGUUAGAGAACUUCCUAUGGAGCUUGGAGCAAUACUUCGAAGCUUUGGGUAUUCGAGAUGAGAAUACCAAGGUAAAAACUGCACCUCUUUACUUGAGUGAUGUUGCCAUGCUGUGGUGGAGAAGGACCCAAGGCGAUAUCAAUAAAGGGGCGUGCGUGAUGGAGUCAUGGGAUGACUUCAAGAGGGAGAUCAAGAGGCAAUUCUACCCAGAGAAUGUUGAGUUUGAAGCCCGGUCGAGACUAAGGAGGCUUGCUCACGAAGGAGAGAUUCGAGGGUAUGUGAAAGAGUUUUCUGAAUUGUUGCUCGAGAUCCCCGACUACACCGACAAGGAGGCCAUGUUCACCUUCCUUGACGGCCUCCAACCAUGGGCGAAGUUGGAGCUACAACGGCGAGGCGUGCAAAGUCUUGCCGAGGCAAUGGCGAUUGCCGAGUCCCUAGUCGAGUACCACGAGCCGGAGGAACGUGCGGAGUUUGGAGGCAAUGGAGGUGGACGCGACUAUGAUAGAGACACACGAAGGCGUGGUAGACCGGACCAAGGAGGUAGUCAUAAGGUUGAGAAACCACUUACUUGCUUUCUUUGUGAUGGUCCACACCGUGUGAGAGAUUGCCCAAGAAAGCACAAGUUGUCGGCAAUGAAGGCCGUACUGGCAGAGUGCUCGAGCUCGGAAGAGGAAGCAGAGGAGGCUCCAAGAGUGGAGCCCCAUGUCGCGAAGAUCGGUUGCAUGAAGAGAUUGAGCGCCAUCAAGCGGGCGGAAGAGCCUCUCCAACCCGAGCAGCACGGCCAAUGCUUCGUAGAGGCGAAGCUCAACCAAAGGAAAACAAAAGCUUUGGUUGAUACUGGGGCAAGUUGCAACCUUCUUGACGUAGGUGAAGCGCAGAGGCUAGGCAUCACGUACGAGAAGAAGAAAAGAGGGUGGAUGAAAGCUACCAACUCAAGGGCCACAAGAACUCAUGGAGUAGCGCGCCAGGUGCCACUCAAGCUUGGAGGAUGGACCGGGGUGGCAGACUUUGAGGUUGUGUCGUUGGAUGAUUAUCAGGUCAUCAUCGGCAUGGAAUUCAUGGUGCGGGAGAAAGCUUUCCCGAUUCCCUACGCCAAUAGAUUCUGCAUCAAAGGCGGAGCAAGAUCGGUUCCCAUGACAAGAGAGCAACUUGAGUCAAACAAGAGGUGUUUGGCAAGGCAAGAGCAGCGAGAAGUGGCAACGAUGGUGGAGGCAGAGACUCACUUGAAGACUCGUUGGAGAAGGACGAGAAGGAGGAGUGCACAACAUCGUGGAGCCAUGAGAGACGAGGAUGUAUCAUCUUCGACUUGCCAAGAGAAGCAAGGAAAGGCCACCAUGAUCGAGAAGGCGGGACACUCAAAGACGCGACGGAGAAGACCGCGGAGGAGUGAGCAACAUCAUGGGAGCACAAGGCUCGAGAGCGAGCCAAGGCCAUCCUUGGUUUGGAGGAAGGUGCAACGAGACCUUGCAAGCAAUGAAGCUAAGGCAAGGGAGGCGUCUGCCAAAGAGCCACGACGAGGGCGUCGUGGAUUGAGUGGAGGAGAAUGUCACCAACGAGGCUCAAGAGUCGAAAGAGGCUGCUCGAGGUCGAAGGAGGCAUUUUGUAGCAAGGACGCGACGAGGGCGUCGCGAGCAUAGGUGGGGGAGGAUGUCACAUGUGGCAGAUGACAUGGUGCCAACAAGGUGACAACAUGGCGGCUGCACAUGUGGCGUGUAUGGAAGACUAGUAUCAUAGAGAUGCUCCUAGGAUUCUCCACCUAAAUGAGAGCUUAAUGGUGCACUUAUGAGUAACAUAAUGGGUGACAUUUAUAGAGUGCAUAAUGGGGGGACUUAAUGGGUGUAUUGAUGUAGUAGAGGGACAUUAUGAGGGGCAUUGAUGCCUUGUAUGAGGAGAGGCCUAUAUAAGGAGCCAUCUCCCUCACUUGUAACUCAUCCAUCAUUUUUGUGAGCAAUACAACUAUAGAGUUUCUCCCAUCUUCUUGUGUCUUGUUCUUGUGAGUUGAGUGAGUUUGAGAGCUUGUGAGAAGGCUGCCUAGUAUCUCUAACGGAAUUGAGAGCUAGGGCCGCACGACCAAGAGUAAGGCCGUGACAUCUCCCGGCGACAGGCGCCCAUGACUAGCCUCCCCUUCCACGUCCAUGGGUGUCUCAGGACUCGACUGACGUUCGCCGUCUCCCAUGUGGGAAUUCUCCGAUCUCGUAACAUCUUCCUCCCCAAUCCCCUCAUCUAAGUUCUCCAUGCGCCCGACGUCGAUCAAUUUCGCCCCCCCCUAUCUGGCGCGCCAAUUGUUGAAGCCGCGUUACUCCGAGCCUCAAUUCCUCUCUCUCACGUAUUGCACCUGUAAACAGGCGCGUGAACCCUACACCAACAAACGCCUAGUGGGCUAGAGUGGCCCGUUAGCACUCCGACGCUUAAGCCAGAGUCGGCUUUUAGAGAGAGAAGUAAUCUCAAACUUUUAGUGAGAGAAGCCAACCUGCUUAAAUGCUACCUAUCGAGUACUAUUUAUACUCGAUGAGGCCCCGACCAGGCUCCUGGAUCCCAGCUCCACGUCAGCGCAUCAUUAAAUGCCUAGUACGGUCCAACGGUCGGAUAUCUACACGUGGCAGCUCCCAGACCCGACGCCUAGGCGCCUGGCAGGACCACAUCUCCAGGUGGCACGCUCUCAGCUCCUUGGCCUCAUAGCCGCAUGGUCCCCGUGUCUAUUUUGUCGUUAUGCGCUCGGCACUCUGACUCUGGGCCCAACUCUUACCUUGUCUUCCCUGCCCUUAAUUGGGCCCGGGCCCAAUUAAGUCUAUUGAGCCCAUGUCCCCCAUAGGCUUGCCCAUAUUUAUCCAACAAUUAACACUAAAAUUACCAUGAUUCAAACACACAUCUUCUCCUAACCAUAUAUAUUGCUUAUUCUACCACAUCCAGGGCUAAUUCAACCUCAAAUUAAUAUUUAAUUUGGGGUAUGUACUUCUACAUUCUCAUACGUUCAUUUUGUCAUGUUCUAUACUCGGUUGUGUCGUUUGAUGAUGUCAUUUCAGGAAUGAGUAAAAAUAACUACAGCAUAUGAAUAUAUAGACAAUAAAUAUAUGAUAAUUAACAUCUGUAAAUCAAAGAAAACUAAGUCAAAAAGUUUAGACGUACGUUUUUCAUGCAUGCCCAGGCAGAAUAUGAGAUUAAUCUUCCCCGGCCCAAUGGAAAACGGCUGGUCAUCAUGAGUCGCUUAAUCAUUAUUUAUCCAGAUAAUUUUGUACCUACAAGUACGUUCAUUUUUAUCUUCAAUUAGGUUUUUACGUGUAGGUAAAAAAUUGUUAUUAUUUUGUUAAUCAUAAACGCCGUAAUUAAGCUUGAGAGCCGGUCUUAGUUAACUUUUGAUCUUUCUACUUUUCUAGAUGGUCAAUCAUUUCAUAUAAUUAAUUUAGCAUUUUUACUAUAAAAGCUCGUGUUCGUGACCUUUUUUUUCUAGUAAGAAUUAAUUAAUUAGGAUAUCUGGCUACUGUUACGCUAGCUAGCUGGCUGGUAUAGCGUAGGAUAACAAUUUCGACCGGACAUGUUUUAUCCGACACUGUUAGACUUGUUUUGGGCGGGAACGACAUUCUGACAUUAAUCUUAAUUGUUUAUUAUUAUUUAUUAGUAUAUUUAUUAUGUUUUCUUGAUAUUCAUCCAUUAUUUUUCCUAAUUUUUCUAGUUUUGUUGAAAUGUUUUCAGUUGCAAUUUCAGUAAUUUUGUGCCCUAAAGGUUUUCUAAUAUUAAGAUAAUACUUCCUAGGAUUUUGAAGACUACAGAUCUUGGAUUGAGCAUGAGGCUAUUCUUUAAAGAUGAUUAAGUUUAUUUAGCACCGCUUUGGACGGAUUUCUUCUGGAUCGAUUUUUGGCAGAUUACAAAGGGGUACCAUCACAGAUUUCGAGCAAUUUUUUCGAAAUGUCAUUUUCUUUCGAUUUUGGAGGCUACAGAUCACGGAUUCAGCGCGAGGCUAUUCACCACCGAUAAGGAAGUCUAUUGAUUCUAUUCUCUACCGAUGAUUAAGUUCCUUAAGCACCGAUUUGGGCGAAUUUAUUUUCGGAUGGCAUUUAGCGUAAUUUUUUGAGUGGAUUUUUUCGAAAGACCAUUUUCCUAGGAUUUUGAAGACUACAGAUCUCGGAUUGGGCCCGAGGCUAUUCUUCAACGAUGAUUAAGUCUAUUGAGCACCGAUUAGGGCGGAUUUCUUCCGGGUCGAUUUUUGGCAAAUUCCAAAGGGGUACCAUCACAGAUUUCAAGCAAUUUUUUCGAAAUGCUAUUUUCUUUCGAUUUUGGAGGCUACAGAUCACGGAUCCAGCCCGAGGCUAUUCUCCACCGAUAAGGAAGUCUAUUGAUCCUAUUCUCCACCGAUGAUUAAGUUCCUUUAAGCACCGAUUUGGGCGAAUUUAUUUUCGGGUGACAUUUAGCGUAAUUUUUUUGGUGAAUUUUUUUCGAAAGGCCAUUUUCCUAGGAUUUUGAAGACUACAGAUCUCAGAUUGGGCCUGAGACUAUUCUUCAACGAUGAUUAAGUCUAUUAACCACCGAUUUGGCGGAUUUCUUCCAGGUCGAUUUUUGGCAGAUUCCAAAGGGGGUACUAUCACAUAUUUCGAGAUUUUUUUUUCGAAAUGCCAUUUUCUUUAGAUUUUGGAGGCUACAGAUCACAGAUUCAGCCCGAGGCUAUUUUCCACCGAUAAUGAAGUCUAUUGAUCCUAUUCUCCACCAAUGAUUAAGUUCCUUAAGCACCGAUUUGCGCAAAUUUAUUUUCGGAUAUGCGUAAUUUUUUGGGUGAAUUUUUUUGAAAGCCCAUUUUCCUAGGAUUUUGAAGAUUGCAGAUCUCGGAUUGGGCCUGAGGCUAUUCUUCAACGAUGAUUAAGUCUAUUAGCAGCGAUUUGGUCGGAUUUCUUUCGGGUCGAUUUUUGGCAGAUUCCAAAGGGGUACCAUUACAGAUUUCGGGCGAUUUUUUCGAAAUGCCAUUUUUUCCGAUUUUGGAGGCUACAGAUCAUGGAUUUAGCGCGAGGCUAUUCUCCACCGAUAAGGAAGUCUAUUGAUCUUAUUCUCCACCGAUAAGGAAGUCUAUUGAUUCUAUUCUCCACCGAUGAUUGAAUUCCUUAAGCACCGAUUUGGGCGAAUUUAUUUUCGGAUGACAUUUAGCGUAAUUUUUGGGUGGAUUUUUCGAAAGGCCAUUUUCCUAGGAUUUUGAAGACUACAGAUCUCGGAUUGGGCCUGAGGCUAUUCUUCAACGAUGAUUAAGUCUAUUAAGCACCGAUUUGGGCGGAUUUCUUCCGGGUCCGUUUUUGGAAGAUUCCAAAGGGGUACCAUGACAGAUUUCGUGAGAUUUUUUCGAAAUGCCAUUUUAUUUCUACUUUGGAGGCUACAGAUCACGGAUUCAGCCCGAGACUAUUCUCCAACGAUAAUGAAGUCUAUUGAUCAUAUUCUCCACCAAUGAUUAAGUUCCUUAAGCACCGAUUUGGGCAAAUUUAUUUUCGGAUUUGCGUAAUUUUUUAGGUGAAUUUUUAUGAACGACCAUUUUCCUAAGAGUUUGAAGACUACAGAUCUCGGAUUGGGACCGAAGCUAUUCUUCAACGACGAUUAAGUUUAUUAAGCAUCGAUUUGGGCGGAUUUCUACCGGGUCGAUUUUUGCCAGAUUCCAAAGGGGUACCGUCACAGAUUUCGGGCGAUUUUUUUGAAAUGCCAUUUUCUUUCGAUUUUCGAGGCUACAGAUCACGGAUUCAGCGCUAGGCUAUUAUCCACCGAUAAGGAAGUUUCUUAAUCCUAUUCUCCACUGAUGAUUAAGUUCCUCAAACACCGAUUUGGGCAAAUUUAUUUUCGGAUUUGAGUAAUUUUUUGGGUGAAUUUUUUCGAAAGACCAUUUUCCUAGGAUUUUGAAGACUACAGAUCUCGGAUUAGGCCUAAGGCUAUUCUUCAACGAUGAUUAAGUUUAUUAAGCACCGAUUUAGGCGGAUUUCUUCCUGGUUGAUUUUUGGCAGAUUCAUAAGGGGUACCAUCACAGAUUUCGUGCGAUUUUUUCGAAAUGUCAUUUUCUUUCGAUUUUGGGGGCUACAGAUCACGGAUUCAGUGCGAGACUAUUCUCCACCGAUAAGGAAGUCUAUUGAUCCUAUUCUCCGCCGAUGAUUAAGUUCCUUAAGCACCAAUUUGGACGGAAUUAUUCUAGGUCAAUGUUUCGCAGAUUCCAAAGGGGUACCAUCACAGAUUUCAGGCGAUUAUUCCGAAAUGCCAUUUUCUUUCGGUUCUGGAGGCUAAAGAUCAAGAAAUCUGGCCAAGCCUAUUCUCCACCGAUAAUGAAGUCUAUUGAUCAUAAUCUCCGCGGAUGAUAAGACAUUAGCACAAAUUUGGGCCAAUUUAUUUUCGGAUGGCAUUUUCGCUAUUUUUAGGGCGACGAAAGGCCGUUUCUUUGGAUAUUGAAGGCUAUAGAUCGCGGAUUCGGCCUGAGGCUAUUCUUCAACGAUGAUUAAGUCCAUUAAGCACUGAUUUGGGCGGAUUUAUCUCUGUCAAUUUUUGGCAGAUUCCAAAGGGAUACCAUCAGAGAUUUCAGGCGAUUUUUCCGAAAUGCCAUUUUCUUUCGAUUCUGGAGGCUAUAAAUCACGGAAUCGGGU